CAUGAGCAACCUAAAGCUAGCAGUGGAGGUUGUAAGGGCCCACAACCUCCUACCGAAAGACGGGCAAGGCUCGGCCAACGCCUGCGUCGAGCUCCACUUCGACGAUCAGAAAUUCCGAACAACCGUUAAGGAAAAAGAUCUCGACCCGUUUUGGAACGAAACGUUCUACUUCAACGUAUCGAACGCGAUCGAGCUUCAAAACCUCACCCUCGAGGCAUACGUCUACAACAUCAACAACAAGGCCACCAACUCGAAAUCGUCCCUCGGAAAAGUCCGUAUAACCGGCACCUCCUUCGUACCCUACUCCGAUGCCGUCGUUUUCAACUACCCUUUGGAACGAGGUGGCAUCUUCUCUCGUUCGAGAGGCGAACUAGGUUUGAAAGUCUAUAUAAUCGACGAUCCCCGGAUAACUUCUUCCUCGGCGGGGCCGCUUCCGAAUAUGGUGCCGCCUAAUUCUUCUUCGUAUUCGAGUUUGCAUACGAUUGAAGAACAAUUGCCUUUGCCUCCUCAACGAGUCGAAGAGGUGAUCCCCGAUAUUUCGGGUAGUAGAGGCAAAAAGGGGUCUCGGAGGACGUUGUAUAAUGUUUCGAACUCGAAUAACGAACAACAACAACAACAACAACAACAGCAGCAGCAGCAACCCCCAUUUUCGAUGCAAUCACAUCAAACAAUGCAAUAUGGGAUUGAUGAAAUGAGAGGUGGGCCCCAAGUACCGCCAGGUGUACGCAUGUAUCCCGGUUCUUCGUCCCAGCCAACAGAUUUCAUGCUUAAGGAAACGAGCCCUGUUCUUGGAGGGGGUCAAGUUGUCGGGGGCGUGGUCAAACGUUCGGAGAAGAAGAAAUCGAGCGUCUAUGACCUAGUCGAGCCGAUGCAGUUCCUAUUUGUUCGGGUCGUGAAAGCUGCCGAACUACCCUCGAUGGACCCCAUGGGGAGCCUCGACCCCUACGUCGAGGUUCGUCUAGGAAACUACAAAGGGUUCACGCGGCAUUUCGAGAAAACCAAGAAUCCCGAGUGGAACACGGUGUUCACGUUCUCCAAGGAUCGACUGCAGGCGUCGGUUCUCGAGGUCGUGGUUAUGGAUAAGGACUUGAUAAAGGAUGACUUUGUCGGGAUCGUCAGGUUCGAUCUCAACGAGAUCCCGAUGCGGGUCCCGCCGGAUAGUCCGCUGGCUCCUGAGUGGUACCGUCUCGAGGAUGAAAAGGGCGAAAAGGUCAAGAAAGGGGAGCUCAUGCUUGCGGUUUGGAUGGGCACACAAGCCGACGAGGCCUUCUCGGAUGCUUGGCACUCGGACACGGCUAGCCCCGUCGACGGUUCGAUCCCGUUGGCACACAUCCGGUCGAAGGUGUACCACUCUCCGAGAUUGUGGUACGUUCGGGUGAACGUGAUCGAGGCGCAAGAUUUGGUUUUAUACGAGAGGAACCGGUUGCCGAACGUGCAUGUGAAGGUGCAAAUCGGGAGCCAAGUUUGGCGUACGAAGGCCGUGCAGGCGCAGACGGGGAACGCUUGGUGGAAUGAGGAUAUGAUGUUCGUUGCCGCGGAGCCGUUCGACGAUCAUUUAGUACUCUUAGUCGAGGAUCGUGUGGGCCCCAACAAAGAAGAGAUCCUAGGUAAGGUUUUCGUGCCGUUGGCUACCGUCGAGAGGCGGGCGGACGACCGGAUUAUCCACUCCAAGUGGUUCAACCUGCAAAAACCGAACACAACGGAAGUUGAGGAGCCGAAGAAGGACAAGUUCUCGAGUAGGGUCCACCUCAGAAUCUGCCUCGACGGAGGGUAUCAUGUUCUCGAUGAAUCCACGCACUAUAGUAGCGAUCUUAGGCCCACGGCAAAGCAGCUGUGGAAGCCACCGAUUGGCGUGCUCGAGCUAGGUAUAUUAAACGCGGACGCUCUUACACCGAUGAAGACGAGAAACAACAGAGGAACUUCCGACACUUAUUGUGUCGCAAAGUACGGUUUGAAAUGGGUCCGAACGAGGACGAUAACCGACAAUUUGAAUCCAAAGUACAACGAGCAAUACACUUGGGAAGUAUUCGACCCGUCCACGGUUCUCACUAUCGGCGUCUUCGACAACAGUCUAAUCGGCGAGAAGGGCCCCGCCAACGGCAAUAACAAAGACGUCAAAAUCGGAAAAGUUCGGAUCAGAAUCUCGACACUCGAAACGGGUAGGGUCUACACGCACUCCUACCCGUUACUAGUCCUCCACCCCUCGGGUCUAAAGAAGAUGGGGGAGCUCCAUCUGGCGAUACGAUUCUCUUGCACGUCGAUGUUAAACAUGAUGUCGUUGUACUCGAGGCCGCUCUUGCCCAAAAUGCACUAUAUAAGGCCGUUAAGCGUGGCGCAGCUUGAUACGUUGCGCUACCACGCGGUCAACAUACUGGCGGCUCGGCUGAGCCGAGCCGAGCCGCCUCUCAGGAAGGAGGUCGUCGAGUACAUGACCGAUGCUGACUCGCACCUUUGGAGCAUGCGAAGGAGCAAGGCGAACUUUUUGAGGCUGAUGUCGGUUUUCAACGGAAUAUUCUCCGUCGGGAAAUGGUUCGGUGAGAUUUGUGUGUGGAAGAACCCGAUCACGACGGUUCUCGUUCACAUUCUAUUUUCCAUGCUGAUUUUCGUCCCCGAGUUGAUUCUUCCGACCUUGUUUCUCUACAUGUUCCUCAUCGGAGCUUGGAACCAUAGGUUUCGAGCGAAAUACCCUCCUCACAUGAACAUAAGGUUGUCUUGUGCUGACUCAGCGCUGCCCGACGAGAUCGACGAGGAGUUCGAUACGUUCCCGAGUGGCCGGAGCUUUGACCUGGUCAGAAUGAGGUACGAUCGGCUCCGGAGCGUGGCUGGCCGGAUCCAGACGGUGGUCGGUGAUGUGGCGUCGCAGGGGGAGAGGAUUCAGGCGGUGCUGAGCUGGCGGGACCCGCGUGCCACCGUGAUUUUCAUGGCUUUCUGUGUGGUGGCCGCUUUGGUUUUGUAUGUUGUGCCGUUGCAGUUGUUGAUCGUGGCAGCAGGAGCGUACGGUAUGAGGCAUCCUAAAUUCCGGCACCGGCUGCCGCCCGUGCCCGUGAAUUUUUUCCGGCGGCUGCCAGCUAGGACUGAUAGCAUGCUGUGAGUUUUCUGCAAGUUUGUUGAAAGUACUGUUUUUUUUUUUUUCUUUCCAAGAUUUGUUGGGAGUGUACAAAAACUAUAUGAUGUUACUGGAUUUUCUAUGUUGUUUA